CCUUGAUGACAUGGCACGAAAUUAUAGGGCUUAAAAGCUCCACGUAACCUUGAUGGCAGAAGAUAAAAAAGAUAAGCACCAUAUCCAUAGCUCUGCUAGGGAGAGAGAAAACAGAGAAAACGAAAGCAAGCAAUGGAUAGCAGGAUUCUCCAGUUCCUGGCUUCAAAAUCACCCCCAUCAGCCAACCCUGUUCUCGCAAAACCUUCAUCGUCAGCAACAACACAUACCCUUCAGGUCUGUUUACCUCACCGACGACGGGUGGUUCGAGUUCUUUGCACAAACAGCAGCACCAAUAACAGCAGUGGCAGCAGCAGCAGCACGACUAGCAGCGAGGCACCCCCACCACCAUUAACACCACCAGACACCGUCGAGAUACGGUUUAAGAGAGGGUCAAGGAGGCGCAGGCAGCUGCAGGAAGAUGGUUUUGGGGAAGGGCAACGUGUGAAGGCAAAGGCAAAUGCUGCAGCAGCUGAUCCAGCUCCAAAGAAAUGGGAAGAAAUGACCAUGAUGGAGAAGGCUAUGGAGUUGUAUGUGGGAGAGAAGGGUCUGCUCUUCUGGCUCAACAAGUUUGCUUAUGCUUCCAUUUUCAUUGUAAUAGGAGCUUGGAUACUUUUCCGGUUCGUAGGGCCUGCACUCAAUCUUUACGAACUCGACUCCCCCCCUCUGUCUCCUACCUCCAUGUUCAAGGGCUCUUGAUCCAUACCCACAAUGCAAUGUUUUAAUUCUACGGUCUGCGGAGAUUUUGUAGCAGCUAGUCUGGUGAAUGAUAAUUAGAAAAUCUACUCAUUGCCUCUACAGUA